GAUACAGCCGAGCACGGAGAGAGUCACUUCCCUCCAGGAUUGACGUGGCUCUUGAGCAAAGACCCGAACCAGAGCCUGAAUCAGGAUCCGGAUCUGCACCAUGGUGUUCGAGUCCCUGGUCUCCGACCUGCUCAACAGGUUUAUCGGAGACUAUGUGGAGAACCUUGACAAGUCCCAGUUGAAGAUCGGGAUCUGGGGAGGUAACGUGGUUCUGGAGAACCUCAGAGUGAAGGAGAACGCGCUGAGUGAGUUCGAUGUUCCAUUCAAAGUGAAAGCCGGACAGAUCGGGCGACUGACGCUGAAGAUCCCCUGGAAGAACCUGUACAGUGAUGCUGUGGUCGCCACGCUGGACGGGCUCUACCUGCUGGUGGUUCCUGGAGCCACAAUAAAGUACGAUGCCAAGAAGGAGGAGAGCGACCAGCAGGAGGCCAAACAGAAGGAGCUGCAGCGCAUCGAGGAGGCUCUGCAGCUGGCUGCUUCCAGAGCGUCUCAAACGGGAGAUUUGCUGUUAAACCUGGACAAUAUGGUUUACCAGGAGCCUCACAACGUCUCUAAAGGAAAUAAAAAACACAAGAAGCCUAAAAAAGGCCUGAAGAAGAAACUCUGCGACAGAAACUCAGAAAAGCCCCUGGACCAGAAGAAGGACUCCUUUGCAGAGAAACUGGCGACUCAGGUGAUCAAGAACCUGCAGGUGAAGAUCACCAGCAUCCAUCUGCGCUUCGAGGACGACCUGUCGGACCCACAGCGCCCCCUGUCAGUGGGAGUAACACUAUCUGAACUCAGUCUGCAGACCACUGACGAGAACUGGAAGUCCUGUAUCCUGAACGAAGCAGCAAAGAUCAGCUAUAAGCUUGGCCGUCUGGAGUGUCUCUGCGCUUAUUGGAACGUCAACAGUCCAAUCUUUUACAAAGGAUCAUGGGAAGACAUUGUGGAUCAGUUAAAGGUUGGGAUCAGCAGUAAGGAUCUGGAGAUUCCUCACUAUCAGUACAUCUUCAAGCCUAUCUUUGCUUCGGCUAAAAUGUGCAUCAACCCAACGGCUGAGCUGGAACUGAAGAGUCCAAAACUAGACCUGAACCUGGAGGUCCAGAACAUCGACAUCCAGAUCACCAAACCCCAGUACCUGAGUCUGGUUGAGGUUCUGGAGUCAGUGGACUGCAUGGUGAAGAACGCACCCUACAGGAGGUUCAGACCAGAGGAACCGGUCCACAACAACGCCAAGCUGUGGUGGCGUUACGGCUUCAACAGUGUCCUGCAGGUCCACAUCAGACGCCUCAGCACUAUGUGGUCCUGGUCCAACAUCAGGAGGCACCGGGACAACCUGAAGACCUAUAAGACGGCCUACAAGAACAAACUUCUGAACCAGAACAAGUCGAGCCCCAACGCCGAGAAAACCCUGCAGGAUCUGGAGAAGGUUCUGGAUGUCUUCAACAUCACGUUGACCCGGCAGCAGGCCCACAUGGAGGUGAUCCGUUCCGGCCAGGCGGUUGGAAUGAAGGCAUCGGGGGGGCAGAAGCAGGGUAGGGGAGGUUUUUUCAGCAGCUUCUUCGGGAGGAAGACCAAGAAGGAGGAGCCGGAGGAGAGAGAGGAGGGCUCAGGAUUGGACGAGCUGAUGACGGCGGAGGAGAAGCAGAAGCUAUACACGGCCAUCGGGUACAGUGGCAGCUCCCACAACCUGAACCUGCCCUCACAGUACGUGGCGGUGGUCCUCAGCUUCCAUCUCUGUAAAGCCUCGGUGACGGUCAGAGAUCAGCCAGACAUUCCUGAGAUUCUCAAAGUCCAGAUGCUGGACCUCAGCACCAGGAUCUCCCAGAGACCGGGAGCCCAGGCCUUCAGGGUGGAGGCGGGACUUCAGCAUUGGUUUGUUACUGGUCUCCAGCAGGGGGGGGCGGUCCCGUCUCUGAUGUCAUCUGUCAGCGACUCAUCCUCCUCUCUGCUCACCCUGGAGUUCGAGGUGAAUCCUGACACCAGCAAUGCAGACCAGCUGCUGAGGGUUCGGUCCCAGUCUGUCCAGAUCCUGUACGACGCCCUGACGGUGAACAGCAUGGUGGAUUUCUUUAAGAUGGGGAGAGGUGUGGACCUGGAGCGGUUGACCUCGGCCACGCUGUCCAAACUGGAGGAGAUCAAAGAGAAAACUGCUACAGGUUUGUCCCACAUCAUAGAGACAAGAAAGGUGCUGGACCUGAGGGUGGACCUGCAGCCGUCCUUCCUGCUGCUGCCUCAGUCCGGCUUCUACUGUGAAACCUCGGACCUCAUCAUUGUUGACUUCGGCAGCCUACAGUUGAACAGUGUGGAGCAGAGUGCCCCCCCCUCCUCCUCUCUGGAGGAGAUCAUGGAUCGAGCCUAUGAGAAAUACAACCUCGAGCUACGACGAGUCCAGGUGCUCUUCAGCAAAGCAGGCGAGGGCUGGCGGGCUGCGCGGCUGCAGCCGGCCUCGCAGCUGCACCUCCUGCAGCCGUUGGACGUCAGCCUGCAGCUGGCCAAGUGCAUGGUGGACCGGGACGCACGCAUGCCCAGAUUCAAAGUCUCGGGGGAGCUGCCUCUGCUGCACCUGAAGAUCUCAGACCUGAUUAUCCACGGCCUCCUGGACCUGGUGGACAGCAUCCCCCUGCCCAACAUGGGCUCGCCCCCCUCCACCCCAACAGAGAAGGGGCCGUCCUAUGGGAAACCGUUAGUGCUCAAUCUGCCCCUUUCACUCCUGGACCCAAUGGAGGCAGACUCAGACGACUCCAGUGGGAAGUCGACCGAGGAGGGGCUGCAGCGCUCGGCUCAGGAGGAAAUCACUGACCUGCACUUCAAGUUCGAAGUCAAAGAGGUGCUUCUGGAGAUGCUGCGGCAGCAGAGUACUGUGUUGUCCCUCAGUGUGUGUGAACUUGGGGCCGAGGGUAGGAGUCGUAGCUUCGACUUGAGCAUCACGGCUUACCUGCGCCGUGUCGCCCUCGACUACUGCGACCUGCCAGACGACAGGAAGCCUCUCCACUUGAUGCGGUCCUCCGAGACUCAGAACUCAGACCUGCUGAAGGUGGACUUCAUCAAGGCUGACCCUGCCGGACCCAGCUUCAAGUCCCUUUUUCACAGCACCGAGCAGACCCUCAAGGUGGAGGUCUCCUCUUUGGACUUCCUGCUCCACACAAAAGCUCUGCUGUCCACCUUCAGCUUCCUGAACAGCGCCCUGCCUCAGAGACCCAGAACCCCCCCUCCUGAGGACCGGAGGCCGAUGGGAGAGACCCGCACAGCGUCUGCAGGCUCUCAGGAAGGAGGUGUGUUCAGCUUUAAGAUGUUUGCCAUGUUGGGAAGUUUCCAUGUGGAAGUUAGUGACGACAUCUGCAGCAUCGCAGACAUCAGAGUCACAGGUAACACACACUCUCUGCUACACACACUUUACACUUUACACACACUAUCACACUCUGUUACACACACUAUCACACACUGUGUUACACACACUAUCACACACUCUAUUACACACACUAUCAUACUCUCUGUUACACACACUAUCACACACUCUGUUACACACACUAUCACACUCUGUUACACACACUAUCACACUCUCUGUUACACACACUAUCACACACUCUGUUACACACACUAUCACACUCUCUGUUACACACACUAUCACACUCUGUUACACACUCUAUUACACACACUAUCAUACUCUCUGUUACACACACUAUCACACUCUGUUACACACACUAUCACACUCUCUGUUACACACACUAUCACACUCUCUGUUACACACACUAUCACACUCUGUUACACACACUAUCACACUCUCUGUUACACACACUAUCACACUCUGUUACACACACUAUCACACACUCUGUUACACACACUAUCACACACCCUGUUACACACACUAUCACCUCUCUUUCAGUCUGCACCUGCUGACGAGAUGUUCGUGGAUCACUUCCAGACGGCUAAAGCGGCUCUGAGCGCCGCCACAGCUCAGGCAGCGGCUCAGGCGGCGCUCAGCGUGAAGGACUUCGCCCAGAAGAGUUUUCGUCUGUCCUUGGAUAUCAAGCUUAAGGCGCCGCUCAUCAUUGUGCCCCAGAACUCCAGCUCCCAGCAUGCACUGGUGAUGGACCUUGGUCUGAUUACAGUGGGGAACAGCUUCUCGUUGCUGCCCGCCGAGGGAUGCCCGCUGCCCGCCUUGAUGGAGAAGAUGGAGAUCCGGCUGACGCAGCUCAAACUGUCCCGGACCACUCUGCAGCCAGGCUCCUCCCAAAUGGCGAUCCUGCAGCCAAUCAACGUCGAGCUACUCGUCAAAAGAAACAUGGCCGCCUCCUGGUUCACCAAGAUUCCUGGAGUCCAAGUCCAGGGAAUCCUACGGUCCCUGAAGAUGAAUCUGGGUGAGGAGGAUCUCAGGGUGCUGAUGAAAAUCCUGGUGGAAAACAUUGGGGAAGGAAGUAAAACACACAUCGUGGACACCAAGACACUGGUGGCUCAAGAGAGGGCGGAGCCACCUGAGCAGCAGGUGGAGCUGUUGUCCAAUCAGACGGGGUCUGACAGCUCCUCGCAUGCCACCAACGGCGCUCUGACUGAGAACACCAUCAACGUCCUGCUGAACUUUGAAAUCAAAGAGGUUCUGCUAUCGCUGAAGAAGCAGGAAGUGGCUUUCCUGGUCUUCCAGGCAGCUCAGCUGGGAAUCAACACCCAAGUAAGGAAGUUCGACACGGUGGCAACCACCUUCAUCAACCAGAUCUCCCUGACCUGCCCGGAGUUCAACGACUCGAGCGGUGCCGCAUUGUGUCUCAUCAGCUCCUCGGUGUCCGGACAUGAGCUGCUCAAAGUGCAGUACGUCAAGGCGGAUCGUUCUGGACCGAACUUCUCCAGCGUUUACAAAAACACGGAGCAGAUGAUCAACGUGGUCUUCAGCUCUCUGGACCUGAUGCUCCACACAGAGGCUCUGCUGUCAGCCAUCGACUUCCUGUCAGUGGCGCUGUCCUCUGGCAGGAAGUCAUCUCCAGAGAGAGACAUCAGGAUGAAGAUUGCCGAAAAGACGCCAUCCGCCAAGUCCACCGCGCUGGUCACACCGGAAGGAAGUGACAUCAUUGACCUGAAGGUUAUGAUGACGCUGGGGGCUUUUAAUGUGCUGGUUUGCGACCAGAGCUGCAACAUAGCCCACAUCAAGAUCCAAGGUCUAAACGGCUCUCUGCUGAUGCAGGGACCCCAGACUCAUAUCUCCGCCUGCCUGAAGGACUUCAUUGUCCUCAACGUGGACCCCAACAGCAUCCACAAGAAGGCUAUCUCCAUCGUUGGGGACGAGGUCUUCAGCCUCUCGUUGAGUCUGACUCCAAAUGCCACGGAGGGUCCAGGAUACGCUGACACCUCGAAGACAGACGGCCGAGUUAAGCUGAGUCUGGGCUGCAUUCAGGUGGUCUACCUGCACAAGUUCAUCAUAUCUCUGCUGAACUUCUCCAACAACUUCCAGACGGCUAAAGUGGCUCUGACCGCCGCGACGGCUCAGGCAGCGGCUCAGGCGGCGCUCAGCGUGAAGGACUUUGCACAGAAGAGUUUCCGUCUUUCCAUGGACAUCAAGCUUAAGGCGCCGCUCAUCAUUGUGCCCCAGAACUCCAGCUCCAAGCAUGCACUGGUGAUGGACCUGGGUCUGAUAACGGUGGUGAACAGCUUCUCGCUGCUGCCCGCUGACGGCUGCCCGCUGCCCGCCUUGAUGGAGAAGAUGGAGGUUCAGCUGACGCAGCUCAAACUGUCCCGGACCUGUUUGGACCUGAACUUGGACCCGACGGCGGUGGGGGGGCCCGGCAUCGAGUUGCUUGAGCCAGUGAACCUCAAGCUGAUGGUCCGGAGGAACUUGUCAUCGUCCUGGUACAAGAAGAUGGUGGCAGUGGAGGUGGAUGGAGACCUGAAGCCCAUGAAGGUGGAGCUGAGUCAGGAAGACCUGAAGGUGCUGCUGAAGAUCCUGACGGAGAACCUGGGAGAAGCCAGUGGUCCGGAGACCUCCAACCCUAGGCCGGAGGCACUCAGGCAGCUGGGAGCAGCCACAAGCCCCCUCAAAGCUGAGCCAGUGGCUGAGAUCAGUAAGGAGGACCAGGAGGAUCUGGAGAACCUCAGGUUGAACUUCAACAUUGAGUCUCUGGGUCUGGUUCUGUACAGCAACGACCCAAAACAGCCGUUGGCCCUGCAGCACCAGCAGGACCUACAGCUGGGGGAGUUGGCCCUGCACCGGCUGCAGGUCUCGGGGAUGAUCCGGAGCAGCGGCAGCCUGGAGGUGACGGCGGUGCUGAGCGGGUGCAACCUGGACGACCUGAGGACUGGCGUGGAGAGGGCGUCAUCACGGAUGGUGGGCCGCAGAGACGAGGACAGCGCUGAGGCGAUGAUUGAUUUGACGUACCGGCAGAGCGCCGGAGACCGGGAGGUGGUGUUCGUCUUACAGAGACUCUACCUGUGUGCUAGCAUCGAGUUUCUGGUGGCCGUUGCUGACUUCUUCCUGCAAGCGAUUCCUCAGAAACAAAACACUGCAACCAUCGACAGGUUACCCCUCAGACAGACCGCCAAGCCACGAACAGACACCAAGACUGCCUCUCCGGUCAGGACCCGUCUCCGGAUGGUGGUUCUGGACCCAGAGGUGGUAUUUGUUGCCAGCCUGAUGAAGGCCGACGCCCCCGCCCUUGUGGUGUCUUUCCAGUGCGACUUCAGCCUGCAGCUGGAGGACGGCCAGCAGGACAUGAGGGCCAACCUGAGGGAACUCGGAGUCCUGGCCUGCCCCUUCAUCAGGAACCAGGAAGAUGCCGCCAUCACCACCGUAUUGAGACCCUGCUCAGUCGCCUUGGAGACUAAAACACUGCCCAACCAACCGAUGAGCGGCUGUGUGACGGUGGAGGAAGUCGUCCUGAAGAUCUCUCCAUUCAUCCUCAACACGGUGAUGACGAUCACUGCCGCUAUGACGCCGCGGCCGCGUGCUGAUGACACUGCAGCGUUGGAGGUCGGGGAUCUUUGGUUGGUCAGGAACAUCUACGGCUGUGACUUCUGGUUCCUGGGAGUGGACUCAGCCACCGAGGCCACCGAGAGCUUCAGGGAGCCGGACCGGAGCUGCCAGGGCGAGAACUUCCGCGCAGAGGUCAAGGUGGUCCAGGUGACUCUGGAGUCCGGGUUCGGACACCGGACUGUCCCCCUGCUACUCGCUGAGUCCUCCUUCAGCGGCUCGGCCAAGAACUGGUCCUCCCUAUUGCAGCUGAGAGCCGACAUGACCCUGGAGGUGAACUAUUUCAAUGAGGUCCACGCAGUGUGGGAGCCGCUGAUCGAGCGUGUGGACGCAGGCAGGCGCAGGUGGACUCUGGAGCUUGAGAUGAAGAACAACCCGCUGCAGGACAGGAGUCCGGUCCACGGAGACGAUUUCGUCAUCCUGCCUGAACCUCGCCUGGCCGUCAGCAUUUCCUCCAAAGACACCCUGAACGUCACAGUGUCCCAGAGCAGCCUGAGUGUCUUGCAGAACCUGGCCAAGGCGUUCUCAGAGGGAGCCUCCUCCACAUUCGACCCCUCCCUGAAGGAGAAGGCCCCCUUCACCAUCAGGAACUCCCUAGGAAUCCCCCUCAUGGUGCAGCACAGUCCCACCCUGAGGCCCCGGGGACCCCCGGGCCAGGGGAAGCUCCACGAGCUGCCGGUGGACCAGAGCCUGGACCUGGAGCUCUCUAUGAUCCGGACCUCUUCCCGGGGGAAGCUGUCGGCUCUGCAGCAGCAGGAGAGCUCACUGUUCAGCCUCACCAUUGUGCCCUCCGGAUACAGCGAGAUCUCCAACAUCGCUGUGGACAAACCGGGUCGUCGUCUCUACAACAUCCGCGGUCCGAUGCUGCAAGAGGCCGUGUCCGUGCUGUUGCAGAUAGACGCCUCCGAUGGAAACAAGGUCAUCACUGUACGCUCGCCGUUGCAGAUCAGGAAUCACUUCUCUGUGCCAUUCACCGUCCUGAAGUUCUGUCCAGCCUCCAGGAGCCUGAUGAGCGUUGGACAGGCGGAGCCAGAGACAGACUUCCACAUUGACCUUGAGACAUACAGGUGUCAGCUGUUUGUGGCCCCCGCGGGGCCCCUAGCUGCUCAGUAUGGGGCCUCCUCCUCCUGUGUGGCGUGGAAGGAGCAGGUUCACCGCAGCCUGGAGGUCUGCUCAGUGCUCCAGUGUCCAGCGCUGGACGGCAGCCUCCCGCUGAUGGUUAGCGCCUUGGCUCUGCCCGACAAUCUGCAGCACAUCAACAGCCACGGGGAGGAGGACUGGGAUCCAGCUUACAUCCUACACCUGCACCCUGGGGCCACACUGAGGAACCUGUUGCCCUUUAGAGUCGGCUACAUGAUGGAGAGCUCAGCAGACUCCUAUGAGCUUCCUGAAGGCUGCUCCGCAGACCUCCUGAAUGCUCGGGUCUCCGGGGAGAUCCUGUCCGUGGUGUUGAUGAGGUAUCAGGGCCGCGACUGGCACGGACACAUCCGGAUCCAUCAUGAAGUGCCUGAGUUCUUCUCUGUGGUUCUGACCUGUGACUCGGAAAGCAGCAUGACAGUGGACGUGAGCGUUCACGUGACAAGAACCUCAAGCCGCCUGUUGUUGGCGCUUUUCAGUCCGUACUGGAUCAUCAACAAGACAUCUAGGGUUCUGCAGUACCGGGCCGAGGACCUGACAGUCAAACACCCCGCGGAACACCGGGACAUCGUUCUGUUCUCCUUCAGGAAAAAGAACCUCUUCAGCAAGAGCAAGAUCCAGCUGUGCGUGUCAACCAGCUCCUGGUCCGAGGCGUUCUCUCCGGACACGGUGGGGAGUUAUGGCUGCGUCCGCUGCCCCGCCAACAACAUGGACUACUUGGUGGGCGUCAGCAUCCAGAUGAGCAGUACUAACCUGACGCGGAUCGUCACCAUGAGUCCGUUCUUCACCUUGCUCAACAAGUCCUCCUAUGAGCUGGAGGUCGGUGAGGUGUGCAGCCAGAUGUCCACCAGGUGGCACUACAUUGCCUCCACCGAGUGCGUCCCCCUGUGGCCGGAGAACCCCUCAGGGAAGUUAUGUAUCCGGGUCGUUGGUUCUGAAUCCUCCUCCAAGUUUUUCUUCUUCAACCGGCAGGACAGCGGCACCCUGCUGAGGCUGGACCAGUGCGGCGGGAUCAUCUUGGACAUCAACAUGUCGGACCACUCGACCAUCAUCAGCUUCAACGAAUAUUACGAAGGAGCGGCUCCUGCUCUGCUGCUCAACCACACACCCUGGGCCAGCAUCAGAUACAAGCAGAGUGGUUCGGCGGUGGUCCAGGAUCUUAAUCCGGGGGAGGGUCGACUCUUCGUCUGGGAUGACCCGACCGGAGUGAGGACCCUCAGCUGGAGCUGCAUGGAGAAUCACGGAGACCUGGACCUGCUCAAGGAUGAUGUGGGUCAGUUCUCCUACGACAACCGGGCUCAGGUCCACUGGGUUUCCUUCCUCGACGGACGGCAGCGGGUUCUCCUGUUCACCGAAGACGUUGCCGUGGUGACGAAGGCUCGUCAGGCGGAGGAGCUGGAGCAGUUCGAACAGGAAGUGAAGGUUUCUCUGCAGAACCUCGGACUCUCAUUGAUCAACAACAAAGGGAGGCAGGAGGUGGCUUAUAUCGGCAUCACCAGCUCAGGUGUGGUUUGGGAGAUGAAGCCAAAGAGCCGCUGGAAGCCGUUCAGCCAGAAGAACAUCAACCUUCUGGAGGAAGCGUUCCAGAGGCAGCUCGGCGGUGGGGGCGGCUGGGUCACUCUGGAGACAAACCUGGAGGUGAACCUGGGGGCAACAAUCAUGAUGAUGCGGCAGCCUAUCUCCUGCCCGGUGAGGAGGAACUUCCUGUCUGGGAUCCAGGUUGAGUUCAAGCAGUCGCCGCAUCAGCGCUGCCUGCGGGCCCAGCUGCAUUGGCUGCAGGUGGACAACCACCUGCCCGGCGCCAUCUUCCCCAUCGUCUUCCACCCCGUCCCCCCACCCAAGUCCAUCGCUCUGGACUCAGAGCCAAAGCCCUUCAUCGACGUGUCCGUCAUCACAAGAUUCAACCAGCACAGCAGCGUCAUGCAGAUCAAGUACUUCAUGGCUCUGGUCCAGGAGAUGGCGGUGAGGAUUGAUCAGGUUUUCCUGUCGGCCAUAUUGGCUCUGUUCACCCCCGCUGCUGACCUGCAGGCCGAGAGGCAGAAGGCCCGGCUGCUCGAUAGGGACCUGCAGAUGCUGCAGACGGAGCUGAUGGAGACGUCGCUCUCCGACACUUCCACACUCAGCUUCUUCGAACACUUCCACAUCUCCCCGAUCAAGCUGCACCUGAGUCUGUCUCUAGGCUCCAGCGGUGAGGAAUCGGCUCCGGAGGCGAUGCAGAGUCUGAAUCUGCUGCUGAAGAGCAUCGGGGCCACGCUGACCGACGUGGACGACCUCAUCUUCAAGCUGGCCUUCUUUGAAGUGAAGUAUCAGUUUUACCGCAGAGAGAAGCUGAUGUGGGCGGUGGUCCGACAUUACAGUGAGCAGUUCCUGAAACAGAUGUAUGUCCUGGUUCUGGGUCUCGACGUCCUUGGGAACCCAUUUGGUCUUAUCCGCGGUCUGUCCGAGGGCGUGGAGGCUUUUUUCUACGAGCCUUUCCAGGGGGCCGUCCAGGGCCCGGAGGAGUUCGCUGAAGGGUUUGUGAUCGGGGUCCGCAGCCUGCUGGGCCACACCGUCGGAGGCGCUGCAGGGAUGGUCUCAAGGAUCACGGGCUCGGUGGGUAAAGGUCUGGCGGCCAUCACCAUGGAUAAAGAGUUCCAACAGAAGCGCCGCGAGGAGAUGAACCGCCCCCCCCGAGACUUUGGAGAGAGUCUAGCCAAAGGAGGGAAAGGACUGCUGAAGGGCGUCAUGGGGGGAGUUACAGGAAUUGUCACCAAACCUGUGGAGGGGGCCAAGAAGGAGGGCGCAGCGGGUUUCUUUAAGGGCAUCGGUAAAGGCCUGGUUGGCGUGGUGGCCAGGCCCACCGGCGGUAUCGUGGACAUGGCAAGCAGCACCUUUCACGGCAUCCAGAGAGCGGCGGAGUCGACAGAGGAAGUGAGCAAACUGCGUCCGGUGCGGCUGAUCCAGGAGGAUGGGAUCAUCCGGCCAUACGACCUGACGGAGGCUCAGGGCUUCGACCUCUUCCAGCGCUCUCAGAUAAAACAGCUGGAUGAGGUGUUCAGAGAUCACUGUCCGUACCCCGGACACAAGAAGACCUCCAUCAUCAUCACCAACAGGAGGGUGCUGUGUGUGAAGCAGAUUGACUUCCUGGGUCACUUUAACAGAGAGUGGGAGUGUCUGUUCGAGAACUUCUACAGACCGCCAUCUUUAGAGGGAACACGGCUCAACAUCUACUGCAAGGAUCAUAGAGGGGGGCUUCAGAGAGACAGUCAACCGGUGAGGCGUCUCGAGCUCAGAGACUCAGACAGCGCUCAGAAACUGCAGACUGUGAUCUCCGAGGCUCAGGUGAGGCAGCAGCAGCAGAGUAUGAAGAGGCAGAAAUCACAGCGCUUCCUGCGAGUCAAGCAGUGAUGUCACUUCCUGUUUACACACCCUCACCUUCCCGAUAACACAUUUUAAGAUGGAAACAUGAUUAAAUGUGAAUGUUGGGUUUUUUGUCCCUGCUCUUUGUCUGCAGGCUCACUGUCAGGGUUAACAUGGUUUGGGUUUUUUGUCCCUGCUCUUUGUCUGCAGGCUCACUGUCAGGGUUAACAUGGUUUGGGUUUUUUGUCCCUGCUCUUUGUCUGCAGGCUCACUGUCAGGGUUAAUAUGACUUUGGGGGUUUUUGGUCAGAUAGACAUCAGAUAUCUAAAGAGAUGUGUUUAUCUAUAAAAAUAUUAAAUCUGUUUGUUAAUGACAAAUAAAUGAAGUUCCUUCCUGUU